AUGCCAUCUGAUAAGGACCGCAAAACACUUCAACAACAAGUGCUCACUGCCACUGCAUAUUUCCUUCAUAUCAUUGGGGCUGCUGCCAUGCUCUACCAACAAGCCAAUUACUGGAAACAACCCUACCACACAUCGGCACUGACAGGGCAAGCAUGGGUCAACAAACUUAUCAACGGGCACCCUGAUCGAAUUUUUAAUGAGCUCAGGAUGCAUCUACAUGUAUUUCUGGCAUUUGUAGCAAAUCUCCGUCUCAUAUGUGGCCUUGAAACAUCCAAACACAGGGUUUCUGUGGAGGAACAAGCUGCAAUCUUUCUUUAUGCAUGUGUAACUGGACUAUCCAUUCGCCAUCUUGGUGAAAGAUUCCAGAGAUCUAAUGAUACAAUAUCAAAAUACUUCCAGAAAGUUCUCAAUGCAGUGUCAUCUGGCCCUUUCUAUGACCUAUAUGUCAAGCUUCCUGAUCUCUCGACUCCAAUCCCUGAUUACAUUCUUACCAACUCCAAAUUCUUCCCAUACUUCAGGAGUGUAUUGGGUGCCCUUGAUGGGACUCAUAUCAAUGCAUUCACUUCAGCUGCUGACCAGCAUGCCUCUCAUGAUCACAAAGGAGGGAUUACCCAAAACUUCCUUGCAGCAUGCUCCUUCGACUUUCAUUUCCUCUACAUCAUCAAUGGGUUUGAAGGAUCAGCUGCCGAUGCAACCAUGUAUUUGCAUGCACAUCUUCUCGAUUUUGCUAUUCCUCAGGGAAAAUACUACAUUGCAGAUGCAGGGUUUGCAAUUUGUGAUACGCUAUUGGUUCCCUAUCAUGGAGUUCACUACCAUCUUGCUGAAUGGGGCCAAGCAGGAGUAAGACCUGCCAAUAAGGAAGAGCUUUACAACCUCUGUCACGCACAGGCACCAAAUGUUGUUGAGUGUAUCUUUGGUGUUCUGAAGAAACGCUGGGAUAUUCUCAACCGACCACCUCAGUAUGACCUGUCAAUUCAGGCAAAGAUACCUGCUGGACUUGGUUCAGUCCACAACUUCAUCAUGGACCACAAUGAAACUGAUCUAGAACAUUAUCUUGACCAGGAACCUACUCCAGAAAAUAACACAUCAACAGGAGCACUUGGGGAUGGUUUGAUCUCCCAUGUAGAGAGGGCCAGAGCAACAGCAUUGAGGGAUGAGAUUGCAACGCAAAUGCGGAAUGACUAUCAACAAUUUCUAUGUGAGCACCCAGAGGUGCUUGAGGAGAAUUUUAUUCCAGAGAAUGAGUAG